AUGUCUCAAAUGGGAGUUCAACAUUUAACAACAAAUACAUUCGAAAAUAUUCCAAAUAUCCAGUGUCUUAAUCUCGCAAGAAACAAUAUUAGUGAUAUACCAGAAGAAGUGUUUCAUUCUAAAAAUUUCGAAAAUUUAAUCUACCUAAAUUUAUCAAGCAAUCGUCUAGACGUAAAUGAAUUAGACUUUAUAAAUAAUCACAAAAAUUUAAAGACUCUAGUACUAGACUCUAAUACUCGCAACAACGAUGAAAUUUGCCUUUCUGAAAAUAAAGACACUAAACUUCGUGUAUUAUCAUUGAAAAAUUGUUAUUUAUAUUCUUUAAGCUCAAAUUGUCAUUAUGAACAAAAAAAUUAUCCUUUAAAAUUUUUAACAGCGUUAGAUCUUUCUCAUAAUGAAUUUAAUGUAUCAUCAUUAACAUACGAUCGAUUACCAUCAUUACAAAAUUUGUCAUUAAGUCACAAUCGACUUCAUUCAGUACCUGAAAAUCUUGCUGAAUUUCCAGAUUUAAAAGUACUUUCCCUAAGCUACUGUGACAUUACCAAAAUAACUUCCGAUACUUUCAAAAACUUUUCACGUUUAGAAAUUUUAUCGCUCAGAGGAAAUCAAAUCACUAAAAUCGAUUUUACCUUAAAUUUACCAAAUUUACGAAUUUUGGAUUUAGCCGAAAAUCAACUGCACAGUCUACCAAUAAAUUGGUCUGCUAAUUUGAAUAAUUUACGAUAUUUAAAUUUAAAUUCAAACUAUUUUCCAUCAAUGGAAGCACUUAAUUUAGGAAGUCAGUUGGAAUUGAAAAAUUUGGAAGAUUUACAUUUAAGAAACAAUUUAAUAUCUAGUAUAAUUGUACCAUUAGACUUACCAUCUGAAUUGACUAUUCACGUUGGGCCGAUUUUGUAAUCUCCAUUUUCUGAAAAAAUGAUAUUUUAUUACAAUAAAAUUAAGAAACAUUGUAUUUUUUUAAU